CGACAGCACAUGGCCAGUAGACAGUAGUAUUCGUUUUGACGCGGUCGUAUAUACUUUCGUGCACUCCGUCCAUUCUAUAAAAAUACUCGUACUUCUUCGUAUCCAGAGUUCCAGAAAUUUCAAACAAAAAAGAAAAUGACACCCAAAAUCAUGUUGCUGAUCACCUUGUCAGUUGCGUCCGCAGUAUUAGUCUCCGCCGCUUCCCCUCCUUUCCAAGAACGCAAAGCUAUAGUUGUUCUCAAGGGACCCGGCCAGGUGAACGGUAACGUGACAUUUAUCCAGGCUAAUCGCGGUGGUCCGGUCAUGGUAUCCGGAGUGGUGUCCGGUCUUACCGAAGGACCGCACGGUUUCCACAUUCACGAGAAGGGAGACGUGACCAACGGAUGCAUAUCCACCGGAUCGCACUUCAACCCGCAAGGGAACAAACACGGCGGUCCCAACGACGAAACCAGACACGCCGGUGACUUGGGCAACAUCCAAGCUGACAACACGGGGGUGGCGCAAUUCUCUUUCUCGGACCCCCUUAUCUCGCUGGUCGGUGCCCACAACAUCCUUGGUCGCGCAGUUGUCGUACACGCUGAUACCGAUGACAUGGGCCGCGGAGGAUUCACCGACAGCCUGACCACAGGACACGCCGGUUCCAGGGUAGCAUGCGGAGUCAUCGGAAUCCUUGAUCCAAUUACGCCGUGGGACAAAUCGGCGGGUCACCGAAGUCCGGUCACAUCACACGUCUUAUUACUGACUGCCAUGGCCGCGAUAGCAUCCAAAUUAAUCGCCAAUUCGUUUUAAUUUUCUAAACGUUCCCGCCAUUGAUAUGUCCUAACCACCUGCAUCUCUAUACCACCGCUACGCGAUCGUCGUCACAAAAACCUUCUGUAAUGAUUUAUUUUUUUAAUCAUUACUAGAUAUCAUUAAGAUUUAAAACUUUACUGACUCCCUCCUCCCCAUCAAAACAAAUUCUAAUUUCGCCUAAGAUAUCACGUAGAUAAUACACACUUGUCCGACUAUGUGUAUACCCACUUACAUUAGUACAUUACACCAACACGAGUACAUAGAUCCUUGGUAGAUAUUAUGUAACACGAUAUUUUAAAUGGUAUAAUAUCACGUUGCAAUAUUUAUAACAAAGAUGACUUUAAUAUUAUAUAACAUUUUUUUUCCGAAACGUUGAAAUAGAUGCUUUAGAAUAUACAUAGGAUUUGAUAUAACACGUGCGGAAAUGUCUAUUAUAUAAUUAUUUAUAUUAGUUAUUAUUGUUUUUUUUUUAAUUAACAUUAU